CAAGCACGGGGGGUGGGAGGUGCCAGUGUUUUUAUAUACCUUGGGAGGUGCGCUGGGUGGAUGGUUGAUUUUUUGGUAAUUAUAUUGGUAAUUAAUUGGUAUUGGUAAUUGGUAAUUAUAUACAGCUCAUCUGUGCUGUGCUGGUAGCUGGUGCUCUGGGCCCUGGGGCGAUAAGUCUAAUGUGACACGGUUGGUGCUGGUGGUGGACAAUAGCAGUGGGCAGAUGGUAAGACCGGACUCCAGUCGGCGGCGCUCCCUUCAUCCUCGCGGGUCGAUGUGACGUGUCCGCACGUCCGUCGCGAUGGCCUCCGGCUGGCAGCGACUACACGCACUUCACGAGGAGGCCUCUGAGUGGCUGGCUGUCCACGCGCCAGUCUCCACCACCGCGCUCUUUCACUGCUUCAGCAGACUCCUGAAGCAUCGCGUCAGCACGCACUACGAUGUAGCAGUACCUAUCAACGAGGCCAUGAUCGAGGCGUCGCUCUGCAUGAGCCAGAGUCGAGCGGGCAUGCCACUGCCGCUGCCAGACAGUCGCGCCGACUGUCCGUGCGCCCACCUGACCGGCCUCACCGUCGAUAGGGCGUUUCUGUCAGGCAGCGCGCGGGAGAACUGUAACGUCACGCUGCUGGACAGCUGCGCCUCUGACGUGGACGUGAUGCUCCAGCUGGGCGGUAUCCGCGUGGAGGAGAGGCAGGAGACGGUCAGAGCGGCCCGGGUACCGUGCCGGUCUCUCCGAACGCAGGGGCCUGGCGUUGAAGGCUCUGGAGCGAUGGUUGAUUCACAGACGGGAAACCCUGCUGAUGGCGGACAGACCGCAGCAGGUGGUAGUGCGGGAAUAGGAUUCGGGGCCGGACGUGGUCCGGGAACCAUCCAUGCUGGUGGUGGAGGGAAUGGAGAAAAUGUGGGUACGGAGAGUGGAGCGGUCGGUGGGUCGGAGCCAGAACGUACUGGAGCAGUCGGCAGCUCGGAGCCGGGGUUGGCUGGAAGAGUGGGAAGUUCGGAGCCGGGACCGAGUGGUGGUGGUUUGAAGCCGGGGCUGGCUGGAGCGGUCGGUGGACGGAACCCGAUGACUGGGGACGGCGGCGGACCGAAGAUAGUCGUCUCCAUGGAGCGGGCAGAACAGCCGGGCUUCUUCCUGCUGCGACACCGCACACUGCCGGGCUGCACCCAUCGGCGGGCGCUGCCGCUGCAGGCGCGCCGCGUCGUCGAGCUGAUCGACUCGCUUCGUCAGCGCGUCACUGAACAGAGCGCCAGCUACAGCGGCCCGGCCGUGUCGGCCACUGUGCAGAACUUCGCGCACCGGCCGGCUGACAUUGACCUGGUGGCGUGCGUGCGCUGCCCCCGCUGGCCGAGCGCCGACUACGCGAGCAGGCCGCGACCGGCGGGCUGGCCGGACGCAGCGCUGGUGGUCCGACUGUGCCGUACGGCUGCCUUCCUGGUUCCCGUUGGAUUUCCCGGCAGCGCCAUGGAAUCGCUGCAGUGGCGACUGUCCUUCUCCAAGCACGAGUACAUCGCUCUGCGGAAUAUGACUGCCGACCAACGAAUGUGCCUCCUGGCGCUCAAAUUCUGCCGUGCAGUGGUCGGGCCGACUGCCAAGCCGCUCAAGAGCUACUACCUGAAGACGGCGCUGCUGUGGCUGGCCGAGUCUCGCGCGGCAGAUCAGUGGACGGCGGAGACGAUGCACGACUCGCUGCUGCUGAUCCUGCGCUACCUGGAUAUCUGCCUCGCCCGCGGCUACCUGCCCUGCUACUUCUGGCCAGAGGUAAACCUGCUGGCCAGCCGCAGCGACGCCGAGCGCGCCGAGCUGGCGGCGGCCGUGGCCGAGCUGCGCCGCCGCCUGCUGCCCGCCGUGCUGGCGCUGCUGGCCGACUGGCUGGGCCGGCCCGUGCCCGAGCUGGCCGAGCGGCUGCUGCUGCGUGCCGAGCGGCUCAGCAGCGGCGAGUUCUGGGGCAUGACGGCGCUCAGCGCGCUGGGACAGACGCUGGCGCGGCCCGCGGCCUCAGAAGCAGAGAGUGGUGAUGGGGACGACAGCGACAGCGACGACUCGCUAAUGGAUCGUGUGUUAAACGUGGUCACGUUCGGAAAGAACCAAACGGCAGGCUCGCUUCUCACCUUCCAUCCGUUCUUCUCGGGACAUGCCCUCACUUUGAACGUGUUUGAACAGCUUGGCAACCGGGAAGAUCUAAGUUCCUUCGUGGGCUUGCUGAGCUUGUUUCAACGAGGAGAAGGUAUAGCCAAGGACAGUUGGCUCGAAGAACCCUAAGCUCGGUGUCAGGCGCCAUGGCCGGUUGCCUGGACCGCUGGAUGUCGGAGCUGCCGCCGGAGGUCCGUCGGCGGCCGCUGAACCGGCUCGCCAUCCCGGGCUCUCACGACAGUCUGAGCUACUCACUGGGCGGCGGCGCCGAGUCGUGUCCGGCCGAGCCGGCGCCGGACCUGUCUCCGGCCGCGCUGGUCGGCCUGUACCGGUGCGCGCCGCGGCUGGCGCGGCCGCUGCUGGUCCGCUGGGUGGUCACCCAGCAGCUGAGCGUCACUGACCAGCUGGCCGCCGGUGUGAGGUACCUGGACGUGCGCGCCGCGCUGCACGGCGGCCAGCUGCACGUGGUGCACGGUCUGCACGGGCCGCCGCUGGCGCCGCUGCUCGCCGAGGUGCGCCGGUUCCUGGCCGACCGACCCGGUGAGCUGGUGAUCCUUGACCUGCAGCACGUGUACGGCGUGGGCAGCGGCGGCGCCGCGCGCCUCUCCGCCCUGCUCGCCGACACGUUCGGUGACUCCCUGGUACCUCGCGGCGAGGCGGCUCCCUCACUGGAGGCGUGUGCGGCGGCCGGCCAGAGCGUGCUGGCGGUGUACCGCGGCGGCAGCGGCGACUGGAGCGCCGCCGGGCACCCGCUGCUCUGGGACGAGCGGGCGCUGAGCUCGCCCUGGCCGGACACACAGAGCGUGAGCCGACUGUUCUCGCUGCUGGAGCGGCACAUGGCCCGCGCGGUGCGCCACGCCGCCGGCCGGCUGCAUGUGCAGCAGUGUGUGCUGACGCCACAGACGAGCGGUGUACUGCUGAGGGCCGGCAGCUCAAUGCGCCGACUGGCAGAGAACUGUAACUCGGCCGCCGCCGCCUGGCUGCCCGGACAGAGUGUCGAGCGCGGCCUCAACAUCGUCAUGCUGGACUUUGUCGGUGUUGGAGACCAUCCACUGGUGGAGAUGGUUGUAAAUAAAAACUACGAGCGGUGACCCCUCUUCUCCCGAGGCGCUUUUGCCGACAUGUUCUUAGUAUAUUUAGCAUUUACCUUCUUAUAUUACCUUACAUUAGGUAACUAAUGUUCGAGAUUCACCAUGUCCAAAACAUGGUUGAUUGUUACAGCUUAGUUGUUUAUACGAAUUAUGAGAUUUUAUUUACAGUCAAUCGAUUCACGAUGUUUAAUGUUGAUUGACAUAGCCAUUCAGUUGUUAGUAGGUGCGAAAUACGAAUUAUGAGAUUUUUCUUGAAUCAAUCGAUCCACGAUACUUAGAAGUUAAUGUGUAACUCAAACAAUAUUGACAGGGUUACUGUAUGUAUUAGUCUGACGCUUUAUUGUUGCAACAGUGACGUGCUUUAUGAUCAUGGCUAAGAGGAACUCUCAUGAUAGGCGAUUUUGGACAUGCCUAUUUUUGUUACAUUAUAAUCGAGAGCUUCCAAUGAGCUUUGGUACCUGUUGCUAGUACCUGUUGUGACUUGUGUCUAUCGCUCAACUGCGCUUGGUGUGACUGUGAAGUGUGAGCGGUCUUUCUGCGCGCUGUGUCUUGGUGGCGGUGGUGAUAUCGUCUCUCAGGUACGACGCGAGUGUGAUACGACUCACGACUGUCUGUUGAACAUUUCAUACUUUUUAUCUUUUAAUACAAGCUGGAAAUUGCAA